AUGGCCUCAGUCCCAGAACAACAGAAUGGCCAUGAUUGUGGGUUGUGGGUGCUAGCCCAGAUAAUGGCAGUCAUGUGGGGUGUUGACCAGACAUCCAUGACUGAUGCAGAGAUGCCACAGUUCUGUUGCUGGUUACAUGACAACAUGGAGAGUUUGCCAUAUGGACCAGUAGCACCAUGUGCACCAGCAAAAGAGGAGAGCACGCUCUUGGACUUGAACAAGACUGUGUUAGAGUUGGUGGACUUGGACAAGGCCAUGGAUCUCAAUUAG